UCAAAAUUCAGUUGUAUGUCCGGAUAUAAGACGGUACGAGGUGCGAGUUUGUAACAAGUCGUCGACAAAACAAGAAGCGAAAAAGAUUGAUGGUAUCAGAAAUCGAUGACACCAUAAUCAGACGACGAAAAGAUUUCAAGACAAGAUAUUCGAGUCGUGAACAGUGCAGUCUUCAAUCGUGAACAAUGGAGCAAAAUUCUGAGGACGAUUCAAGUUAUCGAUUAAACGGCGAUUCUUUCAUUAUAUCUGACAGUGAAGAUGAUGUUGUCGAAAAUUCCGCUGUUAAAGAAAAUUCAGUGCUUAAGACACGUGCGUUCGUCAUCGAUGAAAGUUACGACGAAGAUUUUCUGGAAAAUUCGACGCCGAAAAAAAAUGAAUCCAUUAGUAGUAAUGAUGAUACACCAGUUGCUCCUCUAACAAAACGCAUAAUUCAGAAAAAAUUACAAAUAAUAGAUUCUGAUUCAGAUAAAGAAAAUCUUGCAGAUUCUUUUAUUUCAUAUUCACCAAUUGAAAAGAAUCAUAAAAAAAGGAAGGAUAUUAGUCACGAUAAUACUAGGGAAGAUAUAAAAGAAUUAAAACUUUACUCUUCUAAUGAAUCUCUUGUUGAACAUAAUAAUUCACAUAAACAAGAUGAUAUUGACCAUGAAAUAUCAGAUUAUGAAAUAUCAGAUCAUGAAAUAUCAAAUCAUAAAAUAUCAGAUCUUGAAAUAUCAGAUAAUGAAGUGCUGGAAAGUAAAACUUCUCACGAUGUAGUUGCGACUAUCGUACUUGAUACAGAUUCCAGUUCUGGAAGAAACAGUGAAUCUGAAAUAGCAUUAUCUUUUGCAAAACAAGAAAUUGGUGUUGGAAAUAUAGAUCCAUUAGUAGCACAAAAGAGAGCAAUUAUGGUUUGCAAAUUGGAACAACUUAAAAAUCAAUUAACGAAAACAAAAUUAUUGCUCACUAAAGGAAACAUUGAAGUAUUACCCGAUAAAGGACAAAGACUACAUGAAAGUAUACGCGAACAAGAAAAAGAAAUUGAGAAAUUGACACUUGAAUUGGAAAAAACACCUUUGGUGCAAAGCUUAAAUAGUCCAAAAAAUAAAAUAUCAAAAGAAUCGCAUUCGACAAAAAAAGAAUUAUUGUCCAUAAAAGAUGAAGCAUACUCGGAUUAUUCAUAUUUAGAUAUUAAUAAUAUACCAUUGAAACCAACCACAUCUCCUGAAUUAAAGCAACUAGGCGAAAAGGCACAAGCGACAAGAGAUAGAGAACUCGCUCUAACAGUGGAACGAUUACAACAUUUGCAUGGAUCACUUAUUGCUCGUCCAGCAGAUAAUGAAAAAGCGGAUGAUCCAAAGGGAUUAAAAGUACAAUUAAUGCCACAUCAGCAGCAUGCUCUUGCAUGGCUUUUGUGGAGGGAACAGCAAAGACCGGCUGGUGGCGUAUUAGCGGACGAUAUGGGUUUAGGUAAGACACUGACUAUGAUAUCUUUGAUUAUGACCACUCUUGCUCAAAAAGAUACAGUAGAUGAAAGCGAUGACAGCGAUUCCGAAUGGAGCAACAAUCGUAAACCUUUGUAUUAUAAAGGUGGUACUCUAGUAGUAUGUCCUGCAUCUUUAUUGUUUCAAUGGGAGAGUGAAGUGCAAAACAGAUGCAAACGCGGUUUAUUGUCUGUUGAGAUAUAUCAUGGUAGCAAUCGAGAGAGUGUUCCUAAACGCUUGUCGAAAAAUGAUAUAGUUAUUACGACAUACAAUAUAUUAAGUCGAGAACAUAAAACCAAAUCUACAUUAUAUAAGAUUAACUGGAAAAGAGUGAUACUUGAUGAAGCUCAUAUAGUAAGAAAUCAUAAGAGUCAAGCAUCCUUGGCUGUUUGCGAACUCAAGGCGAAUAAACGGUGGGCUCUUACUGGCACACCUAUACAAAAUAAAGCAUUGGAUGUAUAUUCUAUCCUAAAGUUUCUCAAAUGCUCGCCGUUUGAUGAUUUACGAGUUUGGAAGCGAUGGGUAGAUAACAAGAAUGUUGCAGGUCAUCAAAGAUUGGCGACAGUUAUGAAAACCUUGAUGCUGAGAAGGACUAAGCAAGAGCUAAUAGAGAAAGGGGAAUUGGGAUCUUUACCCGAGAAAUCUAUUGAGGAAGUGAUGGUGAAACUCGAUCCAGAGGAACAGUUGGUGUAUGAGAAAAUUUUAAUUUAUUCCCGCACUCUGUUUGCACAGUUUUUAGCUCAAAAAGCAGAGAAGGAACAUAUGUUUGAUUUGGAUGGUGGAAAGUAUAAUACACCUGCUUAUCUUUCAAAUCCAAAUAAAGAAACGAAGUUUUCAAAAGCUCGAGACAAAUUAUUAGCGAUGCAUGCCAAUGUAAAAACGCAUGAAAUCUUAGUGCUUUUACUACGAUUACGUCAGUUGUGUUGUCAUCCAGCAUUGAUUCAUGCGAUGUUGGAUCAGGAUGACAUGAAACAAAGCGGGAUAAUGGAUGAAGAUAAUGAGGAUUCUGAUUUAUUGAAUAAAAUGAAUAAUAUAUCACUUAAUGAAAUCGAUAAGGAAGAUGUUAGUAUUGAUAAAAAAAUAGAAGAAAAUCUACUUACUGCUGAGAAUCCGGUAUUUGAUAAUAAUCGCAUUAGUUCUAAAAUGAGGAUCUUGCUUAAUAUGGUUGAAGAAAUUUUACAAAAGAGUGAGGAUAAACUCAUUAUCAUUUCGCAAUGGGCUACUCUGCUAGACAUUAUAGCAUCACAAUUGUCUUCAAUAAAAGGCGUUACAUUAACCAAAUUAACCGGAAGUGUCGCUAUCAAAGAUCGCAAAGAUGUAGUAGAUUCCUUUAACAGUCGAAAUUCUGGUCCAAGAAUCUUGCUACUUUCUCUUACUGCUGGUGGAGUAGGAUUGAACUUGGUUGGUGGCAAUCAUUUAUUAUUAUUUGAUAUCCAUUGGAAUCCACAACUAGAAACACAGGCGCAAGACAGGAUUUAUCGCUUUGGUCAGACAAAAAACGUUUACAUCUACAAAUUUAUCUGUGUUGAUACAAUAGAACAACGUAUAAAAGCUUUGCAAGAACGAAAGCUCGAAAUAGCGAACAAUGUUCUGAGUGGCGAUAAGAAGAACGCUGCUAUGAAGCUCUCUCUCAAUGAUCUUAAGUCACUAUUUGGUUUUUAAUUUCUAUCUUGUGAUAUAUAUAAAUAGAAUGUACAAAGAUAAUACGAAAAUAGUUACAUGUAUACAUACAUAAUUAUUUUAUUUAAACUUUAAGCGUAUAAAA